AUGGCAGACUUUGACGACCCGAAUCCAUUUGGCGGCGACAAUGAGCAACAACAGGCUGUAAUUGAUGUUCCUCCAGCACAAGAAGACAACGUAGCGCCGCCAACGCCAGCCAAGACGACGGCGCAGCCGCCGCCUUCAAACAGAGGGUACCCAGGACUGGCGCCAAAGACUGGAUUCUGCUGCAUUGUCGACGCUCUCAAGAUGACAGAUCACGCUGGGAAGAUAUAUAUUGCCUAUGUUAUUCGCACUGGUACCUCUGAUGCGCGGAGACGCUACUCGGAAUUCGAAUCACUACGGGGCGGUUUAGUCAAACUCUAUCCCACUAUCAUCAUCCCACCUAUUCCCUCAAAGCAAAGCCUGGGAGACUACGCCAUCAAGCAGUCAAAGGCAAAGGAGGACGCGACUAUGAUCUCGAGACGCAAGCGAAUGCUGCAAGCAUUCCUUAACCGCAUCGCUCGACAUCCCAUUCUCUCCAACGAACAUGUGUUUCACCGUUUUCUGGACGGUGAAGUAUCGUGGAGCGAAGCCCUUCAUUCACCUCCUCUCUCACUGAUACCAAAGAACAUUUUGCGAGCCCCACCUCACAAUCCCACUGACCCGAAUGCUCACCCGGCGUACAAUGCACUCCCUUCGCCAUCUCCUGGGGCAACUCUCCGACAUCCUGACCAACGAUUUAUGGACUCUGAAGCAUUCACAAACAAAUUUGCUAGUCAUCUAAGUGGAACCAUGGAAAAGGUUACUAGGCGAACUAUGAAACGCUGGGCUGAUUACUCCCAAGAUAACGCAGAGCUAGGAGCCAUACUAAAUGGCUUUAGUUUAUCAGAAACGGGAACGCUCGCAUCUGCAGUCGAGAAGACAGGCCAAGCCGUCGACGCGACCUAUAUGUCAACUACCCGAUUACUUCAGGAAAUUGAACAAAACUGGGCAGAGCCUCUCCACGAAUACUCUCAAUUCGCCGAGAUUAUCAAAAAGCUUCUGAGUUAUCGUCAUCAGAAGCAUGUACAAUAUGAGAUGACCAAGGCAGCUCUGGAAAACAAGCGCGAAAUCAUGGAGGAAUACGAGCGAUCAGAGGCGGAAGCCCAGCGUCUUCAGACUGCGUUGAGUGGAAGCUCAGCCGGUCGCGUCGGUACCACCACCACUAGGAGAGGCACGGGUCUUCUCUCUGGAGAGGGUCCAGAGGACUCGAUUGGCGCAAGGAGUAACGAUCCGAAUGCGCAAAGUGGCACAUCUGCUGGCUCAUCCUACUCAACUCCAAUGUCGAGGCGAAAGAAUAGCAGUGGCGGCGGCCUACUUAGCGCAAUAUCGUACUCCAUUCAAGGCAUGAUGGACGUCGAUCCGGAAACAGCACGCAGAAACAAUAUGAGCAAGACUAAGGAGACUAUCUCACAGUUGGAAGACGCUCUCCAGUUGUCGGGUCAAGAUUUGAAAUACUCUUCCGCGACGAUUCAAGCAGACCUUGAUCGCUUUCAACGACAAAAGGUGGCCGACAUGCGUGAGAUGUGUAUUUCCAUGGCUCGUGUUCACAAGGAAUGGGCUCGCAAGAACUUGGAUGCCUGGGAAGAGGCUCGAAAAGAAGUCAUCAAGAUAUCACCCCAUCCAAACCGGUUGCCAGAAGACAUUCCUCUUCCUACCUCUCCUAAAUCACCGACGAGUCCUAAGCCAAAUCCACAAUCUCCCGUCAACGGUACUGCCAGAUAG